GCGCCUGCGUGACGCGGCGGCGGCGCGUUAGCUCCCACCCGUUGGCCGCCGCCUCAGCUGCCGCUUCUCCUGGGCCGCGCACGCGCCUCCGCCACCGCCCCCGGCCCGUGCUCGCACCGCGCUUGCCCCGCGCCUGCCCCGCGCCUUCCUCGGCCGGCGCUUGCCCGCCGCCGCCUGCCCGGCCCGCUCGGCGCCUUCUCGGCCUCGGCUCGGCGCCCGCAGCAUGCAGCAGCCUGGGUGGCGGCGGCGGCCGUGAAGUAAGGGCCGUGCGCCCGGGCGGGCGGCGCGGGAGGGCGGCGGCGUCUUUGUUGCGGCCGGGCUGCCGCGGCCUUUGUCUGCAGAUGGUGGACGCGGGCGGUCGCUGUGCCGCCGAAGGCUGGAGGAGGAUGGAGGCGCCCCCGGAGGGCGCCGACCUGGUGCCGCUGGACCGCUACGACGCGGCGCGGGCCAAGAUCGCCGCCAACCUGCAGUGGAUCUGUGCGAAGGCCUAUGGCCUAGACAACAUCCCUGAGGACCUCCGAGACCCGUUUUACAUCGACCAGUAUGAGCAGGAGCACAUUAAGCCACCCGUUAUCAAGCUUCUCCUGUCCAGUGAGCUGUAUUGCCGUGUCUGCAGCCUCAUCCUAAAAGGGGACCAGGUGGCUACCUUGCAAGGACACCAGUCUGUCAUCCAGGCCCUGUCCCGGAAGGGCAUCUAUGUGAUGGAGAGUGAUGAUACCCCUGUGACAGAUGCUGACCUCAGCCAGGCACCUAUUAAGAUGAGUGGCCACAUGGCGAUGGUGGAUGCCCUGAUGAUGGCCUACACUGUGGAGAUGAUCAGCAUUGAGAAGGUGGUGGCCAGUGUCAAGCGCUUUUCUACAUUCAGCGCCUCAAAAGAACUUCCUUAUGACCUCGAGGAUGCCAUGGUAUUCUGGAUCAAUAAGGUAAAUCUUAAAAUGAGAGAGAUAACAGAGAAAGAAGUUAAAUUAAAACAGCAGCCACUGGAAAGUCCCGCUCAUCAAAAGCCUGGCCUGGAGCAUGCUGUGAUGCACUGCAUGCUGGAACCUGUGGACUUUGCACGUGUGGUCCGUUAUCGGCGAGAGCACCUCUCUGCUAGGCAGUCACCCUACUUCCCGUUGUUGGAGGACUUGAUGAGAGACGGCAGUGAUGGCGCUGCUCUCUUAGCAGUGGUUCACUAUUAUUGCCCAGAGCAGAUGAAACUGGAUGAUAUCUGUCUGAAGGAGGUGCCAUCAAUGGCUGACAGCCUCUAUAACAUCCGCCUUCUGAGGGAGUUUUCCAACGAGCAUCUGAACAAGUGUUUCUAUCUCACGCUGGAGGAUAUGCUGUAUGCCCCCCUAGUGCUGAAGCCGAACGUUAUGGUUUUUAUCGCUGAGCUCUUCUGGUGGUUUGAGAACGUCAAACCAGAUUUUGUUCAGCCCCGAGAUAUUCAAGAGCUGAAGGAUGCUAAAACAGUGUUACAGCAGAAGAGCAGCCGGCCUCCUGUCCCUAUCUCCAAUGCAACCAAACGCAGCUUCCUGGGUAGCCCUGCUGCCAUGAGCCCCGCUGACCAGCCACCAUCCACCCAGCCUCUUGCUGAAGGCAGUCAUCGGUACCACCUCCACUCGGAAGAACCUGAGUGUCUUGGGAAAGGAGCUUCCACAUUUAGUCCGUCCCAUCCUUUGUUGCCACUGAGACAGAAACAGCAAAAAGUGUCACAGACAGAGGAAAUCCCUGAUCAGCGGCACAGGUCGAAUUCUUUAACUCGGGUUGAUGGUCAGCCACGAGGUGCAAUAGGAGCAUGGCCAGAUAAAAAAAACAGGCCUGUGUCACAGCCAACAUCAUUUGCUCUCCAUCAUGCUGCAAGUUGUGAUGUGGAUCCCAGUUCUGGUGACAGUGUCAGCUUAGCUCGCUCUAUCAGCAAAGAUAGCUUGGCAUCUAACAUUAUCCACCUGACCCCACAGAACCAGCCCCAUCCCUCCGCUGGAAAGAGCAAUGGGAAAAGCCUCCUGAGCAAUGUCAACAUUGAGGAUGAGGACGAGGAGCUUGUAGCCAUCAUCAGGACAGAUGUGUCUCCUCCUUCCCCACAGAUGCCCAGGACCUCACCUCAGGCCCCAGGCCUGGUAGCAAGUAUCAGGUCUCCCCAGAGACAGGCAGACACUUUGGAGAGUAAGCCUGACAGUUUUUACUUAGAACCCCUGAUGCCAGCAGUACUCCGGCCAGCCAAAGAGAAGCAGAUUACCACUAAGGAAGAUGAGCGUGGAGAAGGAAGGCCAAGGACCAUCAUGGCCAAGAGGCCUAGUGAGGGCUCCCAGCCUAUGGUACGAAAGAAAGUAAGUGGUGGCCAUGGCAGUCGUGACCUGAACAGAACUUUCACCCCAAUUCCUUGUUCAGAAUUUGCUGCGAGCAUUGAUCUUGCGGAGGUAGGACCACAGUCAGCAGAAGCUACAGGGGAAGGACAGCCUCUGGCCCUGGGUAGAUUUGAUACAUUACCUCAGGGGCAGGCUGCUGAUGGUUUCUUUCUCCAUGUAGGCAGGGCUGAGGAAGAUGAGGGGAGGUGGUACGUUGGUUCACAAAGUCCUAGCUCCCACGACUCAGAACCCUGGACCAUUUUGAGGCAAGACUCGGACUCUGAUGUAGUAGACGUAGAGGAUACAGAGCAGGAUUUUAUUGGUGAGGACCACCCUGUGGUUAUCCCCAGAUAUGCUGGUGAGGAAGAGUCAGCCAAACUACAGGAGGAUAUGAAAGUGAAGGAACAUGAAGACAAGGAUGAUGCCAGCGGCCGCUCAAGCCCGUGUCUGAGCACCACUUCUCAGCUCAGCAGCAUGUCCAUGGCCAGUGGAAGUGUAAAGAUGACCAGCUUUGCUGAAAGGAAGCUCCAGCGGCUCAACAGCUGUGAGACCAAGUCCAGCACCAGCAGCUCCCAGAAGACCACCCCUGAUGCAUCUGAAAGCUGCCCAGCCCCUCUGACAACGUGGCGCCAGAAGAGGGAGCAGAGUCCAGGCAGGCACAGCAAGGACCCUGCCAGCCUGCUGGCUUCUGAGCUGGUGCAGCUGCACAUGCAGCUGGAGGAAAAGCGCAGAGCUAUUGAAGCCCAGAAGAAAAAGAUGGAGGCGCUGUCCGCACGGCAGCGUCUGAAGCUGGGCAAGGCAGCCUUUCUGCAUGUGGUAAAGAAAGGGAAGGCUGAUGGUGCCCCACAGCCACUGAGACCCGAACACUUCACAAAGGAAUUCACACAGCACAAUGGGGAGGACUUGGAUGAUGGCACUUGUAAAACUGAAGGGUUCCUUGUCAAAGAAGAGCAGAGAGAUCUCAGUGACGCUCAGGAUGUGGCAUUUGUCCAGCUACAUAAGCCCAGGGACCCAGCUGCUCUGCAUGAUGGAGAGAAGCACAGAAUGAUUUCUACGGCCCUCCUCGAGGAUAGUGUUGGUGAGGUAGAUGUGAACGAGUGUGACCUGUCCAUUGAGAAGCUCAAUGAGACCAUCAGUACAUUGCAGCAGGCUAUACUGAAGAUCUCCCAGCAGCAAGAGCAGCUUCUCAUGAAGUCCCCCACAGUGCCAACACCGGGCACUAAAAAUAACUGCCAGGACCAAAAAAUAAAGGCCCCAGUCCACUUUGUUGAGCCACUCUCUCCAACUGGCGUGCCUGGCCACCGCAAACCACCACGGCUUGGCCAGGGCCGGAAUUCCCGCUCAGGAAGGCCGGCUGAACUGAAGGUUCCAAAAGACAGGCAGCAGGGUUGUUCUCGGAGCAAAACCCCAACACCCAGUGUGGAGACACUCCCACAGUCAAGGUCUUUACCUCCAAGUACCCAUCCACGGUCACCCUCCGACCCAGGCGGGGAACUCCCUGAGAAGUGUCUCUUCGACAGUUAUAGGCUCCAUGAUGAGAGUAACCAUCGGACAUUUGUUCUGUCCUCUUGCAAAGAUGCAAACAUUGUAUCAGAACAGGUGAACUUUAAAGAGGGUCUAGAUACAAGUGUGAAAGAGGCAGGGCUGAGCUCCUCUACCAUCACAGGCAAAGAACAUACUCCAGUGGAAGAGCCGCUGAGGAGCAAGGCCAGCCUCAUUGAGGUAGACCUCUCUGACCUGAAGGCCCCUGAUGAGGAUGGAGAGGUGGUUGGCCAUGAGAGCUCGGUGGAGCUUGGUGGAGAUAGUGACCAGAAGCCUGGGGUUGGUUUCUUCUUCAAGGAUGAACAGAAAGCAGAAGAUGAGCUUGCUAAGAAGCGGGCAGCCUUCCUUUUGAAACAGCAGCGCAAGGCUGAAGAGGCUCGUGCGCGCAAGCAGCAGCUGGAGGCAGAAGUGGAGCUCAAGCGAGAUGAAGCCCGGCGUAAGGCUGAAGAGGAUCGACUACGGAAGGAGGAGGAGAAGGCAAGGCGAGAGCUCAUUAAACAGGAAUACUUACGGAGGAAGCAGCAGCAGGCCUUGGAGGAGCAAGGACUUGGCAAACCUAAAUCAAAGCCUAAAAAGCCUCGGCCAAAGUCAGUUCACCGGGAAGAGUCUUACAGCGACUCUGGCACCAAGUGCUCUUCUACCCCAGAUAACUUGAGCCAAACUCACUCUGGCUCCAGCCUAUCCUUGGCAUCUGCAGCAACAACAGAACCUGAGAGUGUUUAUUCGGGGGGCACACCUUCUCACCGAGUUGAAUCACUGGAAGCUUUACCUAUCCUGAGCCGCAACCCCAGUCGGAGCACAGACCGAGACUGGGAGACUGCAUCAGCAGCUUCCUCUUUGGCCUCUGUGGCUGAGUACACAGGUCCUAAACUCUUUAAGGAGCCCAGUAGCAAAUCAAACAAACCAAUUAUUCACAAUGCCAUCUCCCACUGCUGUCUGGCUGGAAAAGUGAAUGAGCCUCACAAGAAUUCAAUAUUGGAGGAGCUGGAGAAGUGUGAUGCCAACCACUAUAUUAUUCUGUUCCGAGAUGCGGGCUGCCAGUUCAGGGCACUUUACUGCUACCAACCCGACACUGAAGAAAUCUACAAACUCACUGGCACGGGGCCAAAAAGCAUCACCAAGAAGAUGAUUGACAAACUAUAUAAAUACAGCUCAGACCGAAAGCAGUUUAACCUGAUCCCAGCCAAGACCAUGUCAGUCAGCGUGGAUGCACUCACGAUCCAUAACCACUUGUGGCAGCCCAAGCGGCCCACGGUGCCAAAGAAGACCCAGACUCGUAAGUGACCAUGGCAACCAGGACUCUGAGAGGUUGUGCUGACGGGAUCCCUAUUUAUUAUUUUCAUCUACUUGGUACGAAGUUGAUGAGCCAUGGACAGUUUUCUACAGCGGUUCCUAGAGAACAGAGAAGAUGCUCUCUCCCCUGCACACAUGGAUGCUGGGCAUGACAUAUGCAGGAGUGAGUCCUGUGCUUUCAUGGGCAUGGCUGCUGUGGCCCUGCUGACCACUGAGAUCCUCAGAAUAAGGGACACCAUGGAGUGAGAUCCUGGCCUGUGGGCCCCUCACUUGAAGUUCUUCAGAAUAAGUUAAAUGUGAUCUGCUCUCUGGCCUCCCUUCACCCCUGUGCACAUUGCCUGAUGCCCCAUGUUGGCCAGCUGUAAUCGUGCGUGAUUAUAGGGCCAAGGCUCAUUCGGGUCAGGGUGUUUGAAUGUCUUCAUAAAAGGAGUUCGUAUGGGAAAUCUUUUUCAUUUUAGAAAUUGUAUAAUAUUUAUUGACUGUGUCUACUGCCAACCUUUAUAUCCAGUUCUAAGAUUCUGAAAAAAAGAAAAGAAAAAAAAAAACCUGUUCCUUGCUGCUCAGAAAAAGUUUACUGAAAAUGUCAGUUCACUAAAAGCACUGAAAUCGGUAAAGUUUGUCUUCUGCUAAAAUGACGUUUACAUAUGUGGAGUGAGUAUUUCUGCCACACAGUUGGGGGCUGUGGGUACUGCUAGCUGAUGCUGGCCUCAUUGGAAGCCGGCAGCUAAGCCGGCUUAGCCACCACUGGUUAGGUCUGGGGAAUGUGCUGGCAUGUUCACUCUGAUAAAGGCAGAUUUUGGUAUAGUAGCGUACUUUCCACCCUUGGCUGCCGGUUCCUUUGUGGUGCUGUGAAGGCCUGGCUUACCUACCACGGUUCUUGCUUCUGGAGGAACAGCGUGCUCAGUGCAGUGUGCAGUCUCAGGUGAGGUGGGUAAUUCUGCUUUUUGCCUCUUUUAAAACUUGGUGGUUAUUUGCGGUUAUUUCAGAAUGGUGUAGCUGCUUUGGGUCUCUUCCCCGCUGGCCCCUGUGGCAGCUGCCUGCCUCAGAACAGGCGUUCCUGGGGAGCAGAGGUGCCCCAGCGAUGGAUCAGCUAUGUGAAGACCCUGGAGCCACUUGUAGUUUUGCACAUUUCUUUUUGAGAGUGUUACUUGAAUCUGUCUUAACUGCAGGAGAGACUUGAAGAUCAUAGAGGGAACUCAGACAUCUUAGUGUUAGCGCUAGCAGUGUCAUGUAGACAGAGGAAAGGAGCAUGGGACAGAACGCCGGAGGCGUGAGGCGAGGUCUUGUCUUCUCUUCCUUGGUGACUGUGUAUCCAGUCAGGGGUGGCGCUGUGCUGUAUGAGCAUUAAAGUCUGUGGCCACCUGUCACUGGAUGCCCUGUGUGUCUUCAUUUCUCACUGUGCACUUGAUGUUACCAUAUUUAUUUUAAGAGAGCACUAAAAUAUAAUAAAGUAAUGAGCUGGCUUUCUGUUAACCAUGUGUGUGGUUGUCACAACUCCUUCUGCUGACAGUGUCCCACAUCUUCUGGCUUCAGGGCAGCUGCGCAUGACUUUUGGGUUACCUAGGAAUUUAUUUUUCAUGAAGAGUUGGAAGACCUGGUGUAGAGCAGGAAGUUGCAUUUCUGCUCGACUUUUAAUACGGUGACUUGGCAUGUGGCCUGUCCUGAAGGCUGUCUCAGAACGCAGGGUCUGCAUGUGAAGUACAGUGCCAGUGUCUCAAGGCCGGGCUGUGGAGGCCAUGUGGCUUGAUGGCUCAGAAGCACUCGUGCCUUCUGUGUUCCAUGACACAGAAGUAGUUUUGAUUUUUUUUUUAAUUAGGAAGUUUCCGGUACAGGAUUUUGUGGUGGUGAUCUGGAGCCUCCAGGGUGUGGGUACACUGUCUUGACCAACUGUGCUGGGAAGGCUACUCAGCUUUUCGGGCAGAAAGUGCCAAGAAAUUGAAUACAUGACGACUCAUGCAGCUCAUUCCUUAGUAACAACAGACCCCCCCGAGGAGCCCAGGUCGGUUGGCAUUAAAAAUAUUUCUCAGCCGGGCGGUGGUGGCGCACGCCUUUAAUCCAAGCACUUGGGAGGCAGAGACAGGCGGAUUUCUGAGUUUGAGGCCAGCCUGAUCUACAAAGUGAGUUCCAGGACAGCCAGGACUACACAGAGAAACCCUGUCUCGAAAAAAUAAAAAAAAAAAAUCUCAGAACUAGAUGUGCAGGUCUACAUGUCUGUGUCGAUGUGGGAUGUACCUGUGUGUGCGUAUAUGAGUAUGUGCACACAAACAUGUGCAUAUGGCCUGUGUACACGUGUGUAUGCAUGCCAAAGAUAGCGUUUCCAGUGUGACCUUUUGACCUGGUAUUCUCGGUGUGUUCCUGCAAUACAAUCUCCAAUCAGACUUUUAAGGCCCAGACUGCUUCAGGCAACAUUGAAAAGUGGCAUAAUACAAAAUUUACUUCUAGAUUGUUUGAAACUAUGGUUGUUACUUGGAAGAAGAAAGUGUUAAAAGUCCAUUUUUCUUGUUGAAAGUUAAUCAACUUGAGUAAACCUUUAUAGAUUGGUGCUGGUUUACCUAGUGAAAUGGCUUUGAUCUUGGUUACCUGAGCCUAUUGGUGAUUUCAUUCUAUCUGUGUCCAGUACCACAUGUGUAAAGCCAGUUCUAACUCCUGUUUUGUGACUAUGGCCAAGUCACAAGCCCCAACUGGGAACGAGCCAUGCCCAGCAUCCUCUUGUUUCUCACUGAUUCCUUGGCAAUAAACUUGUACCUUGCUGACUCAGGGUCUUCCUGGUGUCUGAGGUGCACUCUGGAGGUGCUUUUGGUAUCUGGUAUCACUGGUGUUCUGAGCUUUGUGUUGCUGUGAUAAAUGAAAACCAUAAUAAAAGCCACGACCAAAUACAA